AUUGAUAGCAAUAAAACAAUGACAAAAAAGUCAGAGGCGUAAAUUCUCAUCAACUGCAGAAAGCCAUUGAGAUGUACCAAAUGGAAAAAAAGAGCAUAACCCUGACCUUCCUCGCUUUUCCAACAAUUCCUUGACCAUUCACAGACCCAUGAACACUGCAUAGAUGAUUACUCCUUAAUCCUUUAUUUCCACAGAUGGAGAAGAACCUUUUCAAGUUCCCUAUCCAAAUUGAGUAAUUUCAUCUUCACUUGACUUAUUCUCAUCUUCAAUGGUCUCUAUAGACUUAGAAAGAAGGAAAAUACUUUCUUGAUGAACAUGACCAGCAGCAAGCAGCCCAAGGAAGAAUCCCUCCCAAUUUAUGACCAAUGCCUCGCUGAUGCUCUCGUUAAAACCGGGAAAUACUGGCCGGUGGUUUUUGGUGCGGGAUUAGGCAUAGGAGUCGCCUAUUCCAACUGUCAACAUAAAUUCAGCAAGCAAGAUCAAGUUCAAGCUUAUCGCGUCAGAGCAACAGACACAGCAACGUUGAAAGCUCUCAAGCUGCGGCCCAACAAUGAAGCAUCACCAGACGUGGUUCAGCCUCAAGGUGAAGCAGCAUCCAAUCACUUCUCGCCGCUUUUGGCAGACCCCCCAGCAGUGACAAAGAAAACUUGUGAAAAGAAGAACGAAUCAUCGAACGGGAAGGAAAAACAAAAUACGUUGCAACUCAUUCAACUCAGAAAAGAAAACCUGGAGAAAAUGAGGAGGAAAAAUCAAGAUCGGCAACAGGAUAACGAAAAGCACCGGCGUUCUUCAUCUUCCAUCAACAAUAUCAUUCAAAUCCGGAAAUUGACUGCGGCGGCGGAAUUGGGCAACGAAUCCGUCGUGGAGGACAAUUUCAAUUGCAAUUCCGAAACAGUGACGGUCUUGGAAGCGGAUUCUUCUUUGAGGAGACGCAUGAUAUCCUUGCAUUCCCUGGAUUCCUCGGACACUUUCCGGAUUUCCUGUCGUGUGAGAACCAUUUUUCAAACGAAAAUAAUUCCCGAGACAUGGGGGGUUUGGAAUAACCCGAACCUCUUGGAGACUUCUGGACACGGCUUGUUGCUCCUCCAGUUGACUCAGGGCACAAGAGGAAAAAAGUAUCAUUACAUUUCCCCAUCCCCGAAUCCGUCGCAGCAACUGCUGGAGAUGUCGGUGAGACUCCAGCAGCGUUUCCCUGCCAUCACCAGGGCCGGAUUACUGGUGACCCUGUGUGUCACGAUCCGCGGAUCCGGAUAUCCGGUCCUGUUGCUGAAGGCCUUGAUUGGCGUAGACGUUUCCAACGGCUUCCGGCUGCCCUUUCCCCCCGGCGUCAUCACCAACUCCUCGGUUGACGGGCCUCCGUAUAAAUCCGUGUCGCUCAUGGUUAAGAUCGAGACUGAACAGCUUAUCAACAAAGGAAAAGUCAUUGUCGUCUGUCAGUUGUCGAUGAACGGGCUGCUCCUACCGUCGCACCGGGCCCACAAGGUCCGGGUGGGCCAGCUGUCCCUCGGGGUCGUGUCAGCCGGGCUGGUGGCCAUGGCCGUCAUCUCUGUCAAGGAGUACUUGGCGACCAACGAGCGGGAAUUGCUCCGUGACUUCUGGAUGCACUUCUUCGUCAUGUUCCAGGACCCCCUCAACCUCCUGAAGUUCGUCCUGGACUCACCGCGGAACCUUUCAGCGCGGUUCCGGGCGGAAGGAGGAGGAGGCUUACACCCAUGA